ACGCCCCGCCCAUUUUCCCCCUUGUGGGACUGGCCACGCCAGACACAACCGCCCUCCCUCUGCGCAUGCUCCGAGCGCUGUAACUGGUUCCGGGUAGGACUCCACUUCCGGCUGGGCGGCCGGGCCGGCCUGGCGCUGCUCACGGUGCUCCCGUCAUGUCCACGCUGUUUCCCUCACUGCUGCCCCGCGUCACCGAGUCCCUCUGGUUCAACCUCGACCGGCCGUGCGUCGACGAGACCGAGCUCCAGCAACAGGAGCAGCAGCACCAGGCCUGGCUCCAGAGCAUUGCUGAGAAGGACAACAGCUUGGUGCCCAUAGGAAAGCCAGCGUCCGAGCACUAUGAUGAGGAGGAGGAGGAGGAUGAUGAAGAUGAUGAAGACAGCGAAGAAGACUCAGAAGAUGAUGAGGACAUGCAGGAUAUGGACGAGAUGAAUGACUAUAAUGAGUCUCCUGAUGAUGGGGAGAUCAAUGAGGGGAGGAGCCAAACAUUCCCACAUGGAUAUAAUCUGGGAUUUGGAACACCACAGUCAGCCUUUUUCCACUGGAUUCCCAGAGGAAGACCAGACCCUUCUAAACCACCACAAGACGUUCAGAAGAAAACGAUGCCCUUCUACAGAUUCAUUGCUUCAACAGAACCACAUGUGUUACUCUACGAGGACUGCAGCCAUAAUUUAAUUGGACUGCUACCAACACCCUGACCAACAGGGCAUCAGGAUGUAGUCUGACUCUGUCAGUGUUUUUGUUGUACUGCAUUUUAUUGAAUUUUCCUUUUAAAUUGUA